AUGGAUAGCUCUUUGCUGGAAAAUGGACUAAACAUGAAUUUUAUCGACAGGAUGUCUAACUUGUAUGAUAGCUCUCAAAAGAAGGCCACGAAGAAAUUAAUCAUAGCAAGUAUAAUAUGUAUAAUAUUUAUGAUAAUAGAAAUAGUGGCAGCUAUUGUGGCGAAUUCCUUGUCCUUAAUGACUGAUGCCUCCCAUCUGUUUUGCGACUUACUAUCCUUUGCCUUAAAUUUAUUUUCUAUAUAUGUAUCCACAUUUGAGGGAAAUGUAGAUAUGUCUUUUGGGUACCACCGGGCGGAAAUAAUAGGAGCCUUAUUUUCCAUUUUUUUUAUAUGGGCCCUAUCCGCCUACAUUUUGUACAGUGCUGUGUUUCGAUUAUUUGAAGUUCAGACGGUGGAUGGAUACAUCAUGUUUGUGACAGCUUUUGUAAGCACUCUGGCGAAUAUAUUCAUUGCGUUCGUACUUAAGGUGCACUCACAUGGAUUUGAAUUUAUUGGACAACGAAGAUGCAGUCAUAGUGAUGACAUGAAUGAUCAUGGUCACCAGAUAAAGGCAUGGGGGAAUGAUUCUACUUCCUCUGCAAAAAAUGGAAAAUACAAAAAUAUAAAUAGUGAUAUCGUUAUAGCAGAUGACGAUGAUGCUGCUGCUCAUGCUGCGGCAUCUAACAAGAGUAAUAUCUCCAUGGGGAAAAUUAACAACAGUUCAUGUAGCUACGUUGCAUUUGAUUACUAUGAAAAUGUGAAUCAAGUUAAUAUAGAUAAUCGCCAUCAAGGAGAUUCAAGGGCUGCAGGAGGAACUGGUGGUUGUGAAGGAACAACUGCAGGGAAAAAGGAUUCUCAAAAUGCACACCAUGGACUGCUAGCUCCCACAACGAAUAAUUUCCUUCACAAUAAUAACAUUGGGAAUGAUGAAGAUGUGCAGAAGGACGAUGAUAUUUUUAAAGUAGGGAUUAAUGAAUAUGUCAAUAAAAGCAAUGGAACAAAUGAUAUGAGUAAAAAAAAAAAAAAAAAAUCGCAUAGUGACAUGCACAAGGACAAGAACAUUGCCUCGAAGAGUUCCUACGUGCUCUCCAAUGACGAGAGAGAAGAGAAUGCUUUGUGCGAAUCGUACGCUAGCCAUUCCUUGGAGGGGAACUCCCCCCAGGGUGGGCGACACCAGCAUGGCCACUCACACAGCCACUCACACGACCACUCGCAUGACCAUUCGCACGGCCAAGACGAACUAAACAGCAUAAGCCUGAAGACGGCGUACCUACACGCCAUCAGCGACUUAGUGCAAAACAUAGGAGUAAUGAUAGCCUCGCUGAUCAUCUGGUACAACCCCAAGUACUCCAUCACCGACCCCAUUUGUUCCAUCAUUUUUUGUUUCAUCGUUUUUUCAACAACCAUAUCCGUAAUUAAAGAAAUUCUAAACGUACUGAUGGAGGGAACCCCCGUGAGCAUAAACUUAAUCGAUAUCAAAAACGAUCUGCUGGAGAUACCCGGGGUUAUAGAUGUCCACGACCUACACGUCUGGUCCUUAUCAAUUGGGAAGCCAGCCCUCGCGUGCCAUAUAGUUGCCCACAAAAAUUUUUCACACACAGUUUUAAAUAACGCUACUUUGUUGUGCCAGAAUAAAUAUAAAAUUCUGCAUACGACUGUCCAGACCGAUUACCCCUCGAACAUUUCCAACUGCGAAACCUAUGCCCACCUUAAGUGCUCAAAUUUGAAAACAGAAACGCAGAGGUAG